CUGGUUUCCUCAUCGUCACGUCCAACGUUGAGCACAUCCUCUCCCCGCCAUGGCUGCCAUCCAGCUCGCCAAAAAAGCUGUUUCCCUCCCUCCCACCGUUCGCACCCUCGCGUCCGGUGUGCCCAGUGCACCCCUUGUUAACUUGUCCGUCCGCGAGCUGGUCGGGCACGGUCACGCACACGGGCACGGUGCUGUUGGCCCUCGUUCAGAUAUCCCCCCUCAGUGGGUGAGCAGCGUGACGGCGAGCUCCACUAGCGGCCUGGUCUCCAAGAGCUUUGCAAAUGCCCGCACGACCGGCGUCUUCCAGAAGCGCCUCCUGCACUCGACCCUGCCCGCGCAGAUCGAGCCGCAGGUGCCGGACUUCUCGCACUACGAGGCGAAGUCGGACGCGACGAACCGCGGCGUGUCGUACUUCAUGAUCGGCUCGCUGGGGCUGCUCUCCGCGUCGGUCGCCAAGUCGACGGUGACGGAGUUCCUGACGACGAUGGCGGCGUCCGCGGACGUGCUCGCGAUGGCGAAGGUCGAGAUCGAGCUCGGGACGAUCCCCGAGGGCAAGAACGUGAUCAUCAAGUGGCGCGGCAAGCCCGUGUUCAUCCGCCACCGCACGCAGGACGAGGUGCAGGAGGCGCGGAGCACGAACUGGAAGGCGCUGCGCGACCCGCAGUCGGACGAGGCGCGGACGAAGAAGCCCGAGUGGCUCGUCAUGGUGGGUGUCUGCACUCACUUGGGGUGCGUGCCGAUCGGCGAGGCUGGUGACUAUGGUGGAUGGUUCUGCCCGUGCCACGGUUCCCACUACGAUAUCUCCGGACGUGUUCGCAAGGGUCCCGCUCCUACAAACCUUGAGGUCCCUCAGCACGAUUUCGACGACGCGAACGGGCUGCUGGUCAUUGGUUGAUAGAUGUUGCAUCCAUAGAAACUCAGCGUACACUGCAUAUAAUGGAUUGCUAUCGUCGGCGGACAUGAUCCUCGUCAA